CAUCAAUAUUAGCAGAUGAAUCACAUGAAAGGUUAAUGGAUUCACCAUUUAAGCGACAAAUUAAGAAAGGUGUAUUAGGUAAUAUUUACAACGGAAAAGUUUGGCAGGAAUUUUUAGAUGAGCAAGGGCAACCAUUUUUUGUAGAGGAUAAAACUGAUUUUCAAAUUGGAUUAGCUCUCAAUCUUGAUUGGUAUACGCCUUAUAGUCGAGUCAAAAGAAGCUGUGCACCAAUAUAUAUAACAAUUCUCAAUUUUUCAAGACAUAUCAGAUAUCGAAGUGAAAAUCUUAUUCUCGCUAGCAUUAUACCCGGACCAAAAGAACCAGACACAAGCCAAUUACAAAAUUAUCUUCAACUUAUAAUCAAUGAACUAAAACAACUUUGGAGUGGACAAUUAUUUAAAACUACUCUAUAUCCAAUUGGACAUAUGUUUCGUUGUGCAUUAAUUCAAAUUGCAUGUGAUAUACCAGCUGCACGUUACAGGACUAGCUUUGCAUUCCUCAAAACAUGCAUGCAGCAAAUAUGUUUUUCAGGAUCUUCCAAACUUGAUUACUCUAAUUAUAUUCAGGAUGAUCCUUCAUUGACUAAUGCUGAACAUCGACGAAUAGCAUUUCAAUAUAAAAUUAGUACAAGUAAACGUAUAGUACAAUAUGCAUGGAUAAAUGAGGAUUCACCAAAACUUAGUAUUAAAAAUUUAUAUAAAAUUCAAAAUUUAAUUGAUGCAACUCUUUUACCAGUUAAUAUGGGAUGUGUAAACUUUAAAAUUACAUCAGGUUUUGAUGCACUUAUAGCAGAUCAAUGGAAGACAUGGAUUUUGAUUCAACUUACCCAAAAAAUUAUAACCGAAGCUGAAAUUGAAGUUGAUUAUAUAGCUAUGAUGGCAUUCUUACAGUAUGUUGAACAAAUUUAUGGUAAACAUUUUUGUUCCCCUAAUAUACACUUGCACAAACAUUUACAGAAAUGUAUGCUUGAUUAUGGACCAUG